UAAAUAGUUAUAUUUAUUCUGUAACGCGUGGCUGCUCAGUCCACGCAGGAGAACAUGCAGAAGACAGCCAACGCCUCAACCAGUGACUCGUCUCCACUGCCGGACGAUCCCGAAAUCCGCGCUCUGAUCCAACGCUACCAGCUGAAGAAGCACCCCGAAGGCGGCUGGUACCGCAAACUGUACAAAUGCCAGGACACCGUCUUGCCGCAGUCACCCGCCCUCGAACGCUACCCCCCGCCGACCUGCCACGCUGCCGGCACCUCCAUCCUCUUCCUGGUGACCGCCGGGGACCACUCCGCCUGGCACCGGCUCCUCUCCGACGAGACCUGGUACUUCCACCGAGGUGACGCCCUCACGCUGCGGACCAUCCGCCCCACCGGCGACCUCCAGGAGGUGGUUCUCAGCGGGGAUCCGGCGGAGGGGGACCUCCAGUACACGGUACGGGCGCUGCAGCCCCUGUCGGCCGAGACCCGCGGACGCUACACCCUCGUGGGCUGCGGACAGUGUCCGGGUUUUGAGUACCGGGAUUGGCAGCUCCUGACGCGCGAGGAGUUCCUCCGGGAACAUCCUGGUCUGUCGCAUUUGGCGUAUUUGUGCUCUCAGUAAUGUCUGUCCUAAUUCAGGAUUGCGUGACACUGUAACACUUACUAAUUCUGGUUGUUAAAAAUAAUCGUCUGUGAUGUUAUGGUGCUGGGAUUUUCUAUAGAUUUUUUUCUUUAGUGUAAGUUU